GAAAGUUGAUGUAACUCCCUGAACAUGUUGUAUUUAUCUGAAUGAACCAAAGGUUUUACAACAAAGUUGUACGUCGUUAUGUCGAGGCAAAAAGUUAAAAAAUGCGAGGGUAUUGCCUUUGAAAAUACGUGCGAUUUAUCUACGAUUGUUGGCCAUAAUAGCAUUCUACAAAGCGAAGGCAUAAAUGUAUGCAGUUUGUCCUUGUUGUACACGACUAACGCUUUGUCGUUAACCAAAGGAAUGAUUGCCGACGAAAUGCUUCGCUAUUACGAAGAAAAUAUUAAGGGAAAGUGUCAAAGGCAACAAUCUCAAGAAAUGAUAGGACAUUGGAAUUCCCUAAAGAAAUCAGUGAAGAACUCUUCGAAAUCGGUGCUGGAAAAGAUCCCGUUGAAGUUUUUCCUUAAACUCAUGGAGGCAUUUGAGGAUGUCGCGACUAAAAUAAAGAUCAUACAAAUAUUUGUCGAGGUUUGCCCUGACAUCGCAGAGAACAAUGAUGGCUACGACAAAGAAUGUGCAACUUCAAAAAUGCCAGUGGUGGACGAGGAAAAUUUCUCCGCGCCGGGAGAAGGGGCUGUUCCAUCAAAAAGUAAGCGACACGUGGAUGAAGGAGACACGAACUUUUCCUGCUCGUCGAAUCCAAGAGUGGAACCAGAAAAUCCCUCCAAGAAAUUAAUAUUGAAGAAAUCAGAACAUGGAUCUGGAAAAGUGGAUGAAGCGUCCACAUCACGACAAAAAAUAUGUGCAGAAACCCAAAGUACAGAUGAGUUUGGUGGCAAAUGCUGCAAAACAAUGACAAAUGACACAGAAGGUGUCUGUCAGCCUACGAAGAAGAUGGAAAUGGAAAAAAAUCAGUUCCUCGAAGAGUUGAAUGAUGGCGGAUGUGAAGAAAACAAGAGUUUGAAUCAGCAAGAAUGUGGCAUUGUGAAGGACUCGAUGUCUUUUGAAAACGACGCACGUGUGAACGGGGCAAGAGGUUCGCGAAAAGCGACGAAAGCGGUAAAAGAGAGCAAGGUAUCGACCCAGGCUGAGAACGAGCUAUCUCUCAUUGGAAAUAUGAAGAAUCGUGAACUUAGGGACAGAAGGAGGGCCAAAAGCCCUCAACCAGAGAGCGAGGCAUCUUUGAAGUCCGCUCCGAUUAUGGAAACGAAAUCGGAUGAUUCUGGAAAUGAAAUAGAACCUCGUGGGACAUCAGGAAAUGACGACUCGUCAAAGGAGGUUCUGGGCUCUAUUGGCAAAGAAAUCUUUUCCCGUCCAAAUUCAGAGGAAAAAGAAGAUUUUCCUAGGAAAGACGUCAAGGAGCCUCGGAAUCAAAAUGCGACUGCACAGUCUUUAAAGUUUACAGAGAAAGAACCAUCUUCCACAGGCAAGGCAAAUACACGAUCUGCAAGCAACGGAGUGUUUUGUGUCUCAAAAAAAGCUACAGUGAGUAAGGUUAGCACUGGAGAAAAAGACAGUUCAAUGAAAGAAAUUUUGGUAUCAAACGAGCCAGUGUCAAAUACAGACAUGUUCAGUGAAACAAGAAAAAUACCGCAAGAACGUCAAUGCAAGGAGUCUAAUAAGGUUUUAUUAUCCAAAGAAGAGGAGUUGACGCUCAAAGGGAAGAGGGCAGCACACGUCGAUGCAACUGAAAGAGGAAUAAGACCACCAGAAGACAAAAACAAUUCAUGGAGUCAGUUCCCAGCUACAGUGGAAUGUUCUCAAAACCCAUGCAUUUUGUGCAAGCCAUUGGUAGAAAGCGAGCUUACAGAACACAAAAACGCAAUUUCUCGUAUUAAGGCUCAAUUAUACAAAACAAGGAAAAGGCACGUGCAGAAAAGCAUCAAAAUCAGGAAGAAAUUCUUUAGACUGGAAAAAGAAAACAAGUCAUUAAAGAAGAGAAACCUUGAACUGAAUGAAAUGACGAAGCACCUAUGUAAACAAAUUUAUGGCUAUGUAACGAUACUGCAGGAUGUUGAGAAAACCGGCUACUACGACGUCACCAACCCAGGUUUAUAGGAGAUGGUUUGUUCCUUUGCUACCACCAAGUCUUCAAAGUAAAUAAUGUAAUUUAGGUAUAUUUAUCCAUUCCGGAAUACGAGUUAUUGCAACUGAGCUAUAUAUUUUACAAUUUAAUGUUAUAUUUUUGCCAUAUUUAAAGACAAUCAGCCAGCAAAAUACUCCCGAAUUUUCCCGAGUACACACAUAUUGUCUUAAAACGAGGCAGUUGAUAUGUACUCGAUUGUCAGUUACGCACUUCUUAUAAAAAUUAUAUAUGCAACUAUUCUUAAAUAGAUUGACAAAGACGUGUCGCUCUCUAAAUUCCCGAAUUGAAAAAUACAGGGUGUCCCAAAAAAAUCAAAACUAUUGAAAUCACCUUCUGUUAAAAUUUGAAUGACUUGUUCGCGAAUGUUUUGCUCGUGGGCAACUGAUAAUAUGCUAAAUAGGUCAACAAAAAUUUAAAGGACAUUUCGAAGGUCAUGGUGCUUGAGCUUUCAGUAAACUUAUAUCCACAUCUGUAAAUUGUAAUUGUUUGUAAUAAAAAUCAUUUGUGGGUACGAAACUUUACUGUCAUCACGCAUAAAAAUGCUUAUGUGAAACAUUUAUACACCUGUGAGUCCCAUCAGGGUGCUUAGGCACACAAACUUUAACUAUUACUAAGUCUUUGUAAUGCGACACCAUGUACAUACUAUACGCGUAGAGACCAAUUAAUACGCUCUUUUUCAAUAGCCUUUACAAUAGAUCAUUGUAAUU